UAAAAAUUUCUCGACGCAAACGAUAGGCUCAAAAAGGCGAACAAUUGUCCGGUGGCCACUGGCCAAAGCAUUUUAUCAAAUUGUCUUGCUUGUCAAGAGGCAACGCAAAGCUUAUAAAAUGACUUUACUUUGCCACUUCUCAUCGACAUCUUCCGUCUUCCGUUCUCCCUUUCACUACCAGGUGAACUACUGUAUACCUCGUACCAAUGUCUCAACUAGAAUCUCCCUCAAAUCCUGCACAAGACCAUCACCGACCGUCGAUUUGCUCAGAACACCAUCGCAUUUUCCCUUUAUGCGCGGAACUCAGCAAGGCCGCCUCUUGUCUUCCAUAUGACACCCCAGAUUCCAUCAAGCGGUUUUGUGAAAUCGUCCUACAGAAUUUACCAAAGGACGCCAGUGGCAUCAAAAGUUUUCAAAUAGAGUUGUUCAAUAGCUUGCUAGCCGAUCUGAUGCCCGUGACUCUUGAAUACAAGAUUGAUCUUAGUUCUGUCGAGCCGCCUAUGGCUCAAAUACGACGCGUCGAUGACGAACGACACGCGAAACCGUCAACUGACAUCGACUUCUCACGCAUUCCUCUCUUGGAAGAUCUCUUUGACUCCCCAAAGACCUCUGCCGCACCGUUUGAUCUCACUCUUAACGCCGUUAACACGAAUUCUCCAAGCCGGGACCAACCACCAUUCAGUUGUUGCUUCAUCCCGGAUGAUAAGGUCCUUGGAGGAAGCGGGAAGACCAUCGAGGUUGAACGCAACGGCAAAUUCAACACUCGUGUAUCGGACGAACCAAUACAUGACAAAGGUGGCAUUCACACUGGAGCCUUCAUUAGGGACAUCCGUACAGAUCAAAUCAAGUCUGAAGACUCUGAAACCGACAACUUUCCUACAAUUUCCACUACUUGCUCCGCCCAUGAUGAAUCUGCCACGUCUGCUCCUGUGGUCAGAGCAAUUAAUGUCGUACCGCGUACUCGUCCUCGCUCCAAUACAUUCGUCUUGGCUGCACCUCCUCAGAUCCCACGAACUCCGGUUUCCUCUCGCUAUGCUGGCCCUCCUAUACCCUCUUCCUCUGCGGCCUCGUCAAGUACCUUAUCUGUUAGCGCCAGUCUAUGCUCUGGGGCUCCCUCAGAUGUUACAAUCAAUAACGAUAGUGCAGGCUCCAAGGAAGAGAAAAAGCAGAUGAUGUCCGCCUUCGAUACAGAUUCCCAGGUCCACCCAUCGAAAGUUCGUGAGACUUUCUCAGACGCAAUCUCAGCCCCGAAGCAAGCCGCAAAUAUUGUUAUAGGCGAACAAAGCAACAAGCGGAGUCGAGACGAGAGUCCCGACUCGGUAGACCAAGAGCUCUCGCACCGACCGUAUAAAAUCAGACGCAUGUCAAAUGACGGGUGCGGGAGCUAAGCGCUAGAGUUCCAAGCCUGUUGCAUACACUUGUAAAUUUACAGAUGCGCGGUCAUACAGCCUGAAUAGAG